AUGGUGCUCAAAAACCUUACCUUCUCGGCGUCGAAUGGUCCUCCAGCGCCACCGCGGCCGUCGCCAGCGGUCGAUGGGAAGAAGAAGCGGCCGAGAGCUGAUGAGUUCCAUCUGCGAGGCCGACAUCCGGUUGUGUCAGACUCCCCAGCGAAAGGACAUCCAGACCAUUCUAGCGGACCGCGCCCUAACGUGCCGGGUUCUCCACCAGGUGCUCUCUCCCACCAGCUACCCAGCGCGCUGCUCUCACCUCAGGCUCCACUAGGAGAAGAAGCCGUUGUAGAGAGUAUCGAGACUCAGCCAGAACGCACGCUGGCCGAGGAGACAGUCGAUGCAGACGCAGUUAUUCUUGAUCCCAAAGAUUCCGAGCGCCAAUACUGGUAUGACCCGAUCAUACGUGUGCAGCGCGAGAUCUGGCGUCCCGGAGAUGGCGACGGCGAGAAAGCAGCCGACUACUAUGAGAAGCCAGGCCCAAAAGCUCCGCUGGAGACACGGUGGCGAUUGUAUCAGUCACGCACCGGAGCUGGCCUCGUCCAGCGCGAUGUCAACGAGCCUCCAAAGAAUGUCAUCCUCGACGACAGAGCAGCUUAUGAAUGCUUCGCUUCCAACAUGCCACGUCAGUAUCUCGGUCAACACUGGAGCCAUGAGUUCUCCAACGCUGGUCAACUCCGCGCUCGUCGUCCUCACCGCGGCCGCGGCGCCAUCAGAGAUCCCAAUGGCGCUGGCGACCAAAAGUACCACUCUACCACCAUCGGCAGCAAGGGCGAUAGAUACUUUUUUACGGGGGAAAAAGACUACAAGCCCAUCGUCUAUCAGACUGACGACCCUAAGCUGGCAGUCGACAUUUUCAAGCCGCCGCAGCGCCCGAUACCUCUGAAGACCGAGUUGGCAUCGAACAAGCAUGGCCACAACCAGUUCACGCCUCGGAACGAGAUGGUCAGAUACGGCGCACCUCACAAAGGCUCCAGCUGGUUGCGAUACUCCAGCCGUGUCAAUCCAUUCCUCACUCGCGAGAAGACGCCACCAUUGCGCUCGCAUGGUGGCAUGUCCACUCUGUACGCCAGAAAUCCGGCGGCUUACAUGCCCAGUAUGCACACUCACCAGCUUACUUCUGCUUAUCGAGACGCAACCGAAAGCGAGGAGGAAGAGGAGCCGAUGCAAGUGGAGUCGGAUGAAGAACGGCCAGCAAAGAGGCAGAAGUUCCGGUCUCUUGGCACCGACGACGACCCAGAGAAGGAAGAAAUUGCCCAGAUGGGGUUCGGUGGUGGUGGUAAUCACAGCUCGCGGAGCAGCACGACCCGCCCUACGCCAUUUCUCGAGUUCUCAGACGAUGAAGCGGAGGACGCCCCGCCGCAGCCGAUGAAGCCAGUCGAGCAUCCACCACUUUUGGCAGAGACGUCGGACAAGCACCAAAUCGCUGAUGAACAGACGUCGCGGCCGGCUAGUCCUGAGGUCGUCGUAAGGGACACGCCGAUAGCGACUGGGCACCAGGACAGCGGCUCUUACGCUUCUACACUCGAAGCGGAGCUCGCGCAAGCAAAAAAGACUAUCGAACAGCAACGAGGUCAGAUCUCCGCUCUCGAGAAAGCGCACGCGCCAGCGCAGUCGGGGACCUUGGAGCAAGAGGGGGAGGAUCCGGAGGAGAAGGUGGAAGCGCUUGGCAAUGGUGAUGAAUAG